UAUUUCUCUGGGUCUCCUUCAUCUUCCCAAAAUUUUAAUUUUUCCUCACUUUCCCUACAACCAAAAUCUCUUUCUCUUGUUUUUCUCUUUGGUUUUACCUUCUGUUUGGGUGGAAAGAAAAUUUUAUCAGUUUUUAAUUCUUUUUAAUUGCAGGUAUCUGAUAGAGCAAGGAAAUAGCAAAAGACCAAGAAAAAGAAUGGCAAUUUUUGAGGAAUCAGUCGUGAAUUCAAAGAUUUCUCCACCAAAUUCAUAUGGAAGUGUAGUUCUCGGCGGUACCUUUGAUCGCUUACAUGAUGGUCAUCGCCUUUUCCUCAGAUCAUCAGCUGAGCUGGCAAGGGAUCGGAUUGUGAUCGGAGUUUGUGAUGGCCCUAUGUUGACAAACAAACAGUCUAUCAAACCUGAGCUGGUUGUGCAAGUUGAACCAAUUACAGAUCCAUAUGGCCCUUCAAUUGUUGAUGAGAAUUUAGAUGCCAUUGUUGUCAGCAAGGAGACAGUACUGGGUGGAAUAUCAGUCAAUAGAAAGAGAGCUGACAGGGGCCUUUCACUAUUAAAGAUUGAAGUUGUAGAUCUAGUUUCUGAAGAGUCUAGCCAAGGUAAGCUAAGCUCAACAACAUUAAGGAAGCUUGAAUUUGAGAAGGCUAAGAAACAGCAAGGGUAAGCAUGAUAAGCCGAGACGGAAAGCAUUGAGGAAUGCUAAUGUUGAAAGGAUUAAGAAACCAUU